ACAGGUAUUGUUAUAAUAAAUCAUCUGUGGAUUUUGAGGGUAAAAUGAUAUUAAGAGAGAAAAAAAUAUUACUUUAAAUGGAACAGAAAGGGUAAGGAGUGAAAAGGCAGGACACUUCUGUGACAAAUGAUUAACUGGCUUUAUGCUAAAUUAACACUUCUUCUCUGCUUCUUUGUUCUUUCCAGGAUGCAAGGAUUUUUUAAAACAAUGUCUGACACUAUAUCCACACGACUGCAUCACCUUAGGGGAGUUGAAGCACCAUCCCUGGAUCAGAGAAUAAGCAUAAGACACCUUACAUUGACACAUUCAGAUGCCAUAAUGCAUCUCCUCAUUGUUGCAUUAUGGCAUCUAUGAGUCAGGGAUUUUUUGAAUGUAAAAUGGGGACCUAUACAAUAUUAGUCUGUUGGUCAUAUUGUGAUCAGUUUACAUUUAUAUAACAUAUAUAUAUAUAUAUAUAUAUAACCCUAAUACUAAUACUUUCUUUCUUUUAGCUCAUUAUCGAUAAUAUUUUCUCGCGUAAUUUCAAGACAGCUACACAAAUGUAGAUAUACAAAUAUUUGCUCGUUUUAAUGUUUUAACAUUUAAUUUGGUCUUUUCACUGCGAUGGCUUCUAAGUUCUCAGAGAUAAAGUCUCAGGGCUUUGAGAAACAUCAAAGUGGGUGUGACUCCCUGCAGGAUGAUACUGUCAAGGAAAAGAAGAGGGGUGAUAGUGAUAGUAAGAGUUGUAAUCCCUGCAGUACAACCUUAGAGGGUGCGAAAGGAAGACAGCGAAAAGCCGAUGCUAAUCAAGAUAGCCCACGAAAAAAGACAAAGAGAGAUAGUAUGCGUGGUAAUUCAUGUAGCGACCCUUUAGAGGGUACUAGCGUGAAGGGAAGAAAACAGAAAGCUAAAGUUAAUGUUAAAUUAGGAAAAAUUUGUGCUGAUAGUAAGAGCGUUAUUGAGAGUUAUUCCUGUAGUAUAAAGUUAGAGGAUGUUAGCGCAGGGGGAAGAAAGCGAAAAGCUCAGUCUGAUGUAGGUAGCCCUGCAAAAAAGUUGAGAACAAUUAGUGGUAGUAAGCGUGGUUAUCCGUGUAGUGUAGCUGUAGAGGACCCUGGUAUGAAAGGGACAAAGCGAAAAAGUGAGGCUGAUGAAGAUAGACAGUGAAAGAGGAUAAGGGGUGAUAGUAAGAGUGGUGAUCAUUGCAGCAUCACAGGGGGUGCUAGUUUGAAGUAUAGAAAUCAGAAAUCUAAUGUUGAUAUAGUUAGCCCACAAGAAAAGAUUAGGUGUGACAGUAAGCGUUUUAAUUCAUGUAGUGACCCUUUAGAGGGUACUAGCAUGAAGGUAAUAAAUCAGAAAGCUAAAGUUGAUGUAGUUAGUCCACAAAAAAAGGAUUGGGGAGGAUAGUAAACAUUUUAAAUUAUGUAGUGACCCUUUAGAGCAGGGGUGCUCACACUUUUUCAGCAUGCGAGCUACUUUAAAAAAUGGCCAAGUCAAAGUGAUCUACCUACUACAAAAAUGCAAAACAUAUAUUUAUUUAUAAAUAUAUUGAAGAUUCUUUGUACAAUGUAUAUUGAUGUACCUUGCAUAACCGCAUGAGCCAAUAUUGCACAACACAACACAAUUAACUAUGCACAUUUUUGAAGUAGGUUGUGUGAAAAAUGACUGCUGUCCGGACAACUGGCAUUUUAAUUCCUUCACCUUUCUCUUUCUCAGCUCGUUUUUGCCGCUCCACAUUUCCCUUCUUUGGUAUUGCGAUGGUAGACUGGCAGAUGAGGCAAACGCACUUUGAAAAUGUCAUCGUGAAAAAAAAGUCCUCCUCCCAUUCCGUAUGAAAGUGAUACGUUUUGGUUUUCUUACUUGGUUCAGCUCCCCCACUCAUGUUUAUACCCUUUCUUGAGUUCAAGAGAAUAAAACGAGGGCUUAAAAUUGUAGGUAACCAACUCGCUAGCUAGCUUGUUAGUUGUGCUGCACUUAGCACCGUUGUUUGCACAUGCGUGGUGACCUAAGUGUCAGAAAAAUUCAGAUGUCAUCUGACUGGCUGCCCUGUAUAUCAAUCAAGUGGCGGGAUGGAUGAUAGGCUGACAUCUAUUUUUUCUUUAAUGUCAUGCGAUCUACCCAUACUACCUUUGCGAUCGACUGGUAGAUCGUGAUCGACGUAAUGAGCACCCCUGCUUUAGAGGGUACUAGCAUGAAGGGAAUAAAUCAGAAAACUAAAGUCGAUGUAGUUAGUCCACAGAAAAAUAUUAGGGAUGCUAGUAAGUAUGGUAAUUAACAUAGCGACCAUUUAGAGGGUAUUAGCAUGAAGGGAAUAAAUCAGAAAGCUAAUGUUGAUGUUGAUGACCCAAGAAAAAAAAUGAAUGAUACUGAGAGCGGUUAUUCCUGUAGUGGAAAGUUAGAGGGUGUUAGUGUAGUCAGACGCACCCCAAAGGACAGUUGAGGGUCUCAACAUUAUGGUGUUUUUUCUCUGUCGGAGACAUACCCCCAGAGUUGUGGCGCUCUGAUCACGGCAGCAACUCUUCAUCUUCUGAUGAGGAGGGAAUAUACGACGGAUCCUUCUCUGUGAAAACCAGCCACGGUAAGUUGAUCAUUUAGCUUCAACAAAUAGUCCCACAUUUCUAGGCAUAUUCUUUACCAUACAGGGUCUGAUGUUAAGGUUUUUUCCUACUUGCCCUGUUGGGCAAGUACUUCUCAAAUUUACUUCAAUUUACUGCACACAGUGCAAAACAUAACUGCCCCGUCAUUAGGGUUUCCACAGGCUACAGAAAGACAGAUGAGCUACCAGUAAGUCUCCUUACUCUGACAUUCUCUCUCUCAUACAAGUCUCACAGCUUUUAUAUGAAAAGGAUAGAAUGAAACAUGCUCGUGUUUCUGUCUUGCAGGUCGCGAUUAAAUUUAUUCCCAAACAGUCAGAUAGUUGAGAAUCGAAAGAAGCACGUCAUCCGGGAAGUGUACUUCAUGAUUAAAGCAGCAGGUGGACCUGAAUCAUCUGGGAGAUCUGCAGCUACCUCCCUUCUUGACUGUUUUGAUCUGGAGGACCACCUUAUCCUGGUUAUGGAAAGACCACGCAACUGCAAGACUCUCUUGGAUUACCGCCGUGACAAAGAAGACCACCUGGCGGAAGAUGAGGCCAAGGUCAUCAUGGAGCAGAUGAUAGAUGCGGCCAUUGACAUGCACUCGAAGGGAGUUUUUCACAGAGACAUCAAGCUAAGCAACAUCCUUGUUGAAGUUGAUCCUGUUGGAUGUAGCUGCCAAGAGGAGCUGGAACCUUAUGAUAGAUUCAGUGGAUGCACAAUUUUUUUAAGACAAUGUCUGACGCCAUAUCCACACGACCGCAUCACCUUGGAGGAGCUGAAGCACCAUCCCUGGAUCAGAGAAUAAGCAUAAGACACCCCCUUUAAUUUAGAUAGAUUUUAUUAAUUUCAGUUCAUUUCAGUUCACUUUAGUUUAGUCCGAUCAGUUCUAUUGAAUUUAAUUCAAUUCAGAUUUAAUUUAGUUUUAUUUAAUACAAUUUAGUUGGAUGUAAUUUAAUUCAGUUCAAUUCAAUUCAGCUCAUUUCCAUUCACUUUAAUUUAGUGAAGCACGUGUAAUUAAAUUCACUUCAAUUCACUUUAAUUUAGUUUGAUUUAAUUUAAUUUCUUUUAAUUAAGUUCCAUUUAAUGUCUUGUCUUGCCAGGUCAUUGUUUUUCCUAGAGAUUUUGUUAUUUUACUUCAUUGUUCAAUACUUAGUUAUUCUUAACUUAGAUAACAUGUUUCCUCAGGGUGUAAAUGGUAUGUCAUUCUCACAAUUAAACAAUUAU